AUGGAAUGCAGCGCGUGGUGGGUGAGAAAAAUACCACCGCAGCUUGGGGAUCUUCGCGCCUUGGAGGCACUGGACCUCAGCUUGAACAAGUUGAAUGGAACCAUACCCGAGGCGCUCGGGAACCUCUCAGCUCUGGUUUCCCUGUGGCUCAGCAAUAACAGCCUGGAAGGCCCCGUUCCGCCGCAGCUGCGGAACCUUGCGGCAUUGGAGAAGCUCUCCCUACGGAGAAACCAGCUCAGCGGGCCGAUACCAGAGGAGCUGGAGGAUCUCACUGAGCUUAAGGAGCUAUGGUUGGACAACAACAACCUUACGGGCGAAAUCCCGGCGUCGCUAGGAGAACUCGUCAAGCUGGAAACGCUUUACCUCGGCGGAAACAAACUCAGCGGACACAUCCCACCAGAGUUAGGAAAUGCUAGCGCCUUGAAGGCACUGGACCUCAGCUUCAACAAGUUGGACGUUGGGUGGUGGUAA